ACUCUUCACUACAUAAAAUAAAAAUAAAAGAAGAGAUAUACUAAUAUGGCUGGUUUUUCCAAAGUUAUUGCAACUAUUUUCCUUAUGAUGAUGUUGGUUUUUGCUACUGGGAUGGUCGCGGAGGCAAGGACUUGUGAGUCGCAGAGCCAUAGGUUCAAGGGUUUGUGCUUCAGUAAGAGCAACUGUGGUUCCGUUUGCCACACCGAGGGCUUUAACGGAGGCCACUGCCGUGGCUUUCGCCGCCGUUGCUUCUGCACUCGACACUGUUAAAUUAAUAUCAUUAAUUAACUUUCUGGAUCGAUGUUGAUGUUUUUUAUAUGAGGGUUUUUGGUGUGCAAUAUGAAUUAAUGUCAUUAAUAAACUUUCUGGAUCGAGGUUGAUGUUUUUUAUAUGAGGGUUUUUGGUGUGUAAUGUGAAUUAAUAUCAUUAAUUAACUUUCUAGAUCGACGUUGGUGUUGACUGUGAAUGUUUUUUAUGUGUAAUAUGAAUUAUAAUGUCAUAAAAUAAGAGUUGGUUAAUGACUAUUUUAACCUCAAGAAAUAGAAUUGUUUUGUUCUAUUUUCUUGGGAGUUGGUGUGUUGUUAUGGUUAAUAUUGUUGGCUAUUUUUUUAUUGCAAAUUUCUUUAAUAUUGUGAGAAUUUAAAAUUUAUGAGUUUUUAAUAAAUUUAUCGACCUUUUUAGUU